AUGAUUGGGGGAGAAGUGAUUGUUGAAAAGAAUCCAUCAACGAAAUACUGUGUUGCUAGGAAGGAGUUGCUAUGUGACAGUAUAAUAUGGGACAUGCUACAAAAUUAUUAUAAAAAAGCAACUAUAAAUGCAUGGAAGGAAAAUGUGGUACCGUCUUUUGUAACUAGUAAUAGCAAGCUAGCUAAGGAUUAUGCACGGGUAAUAGUAAACUAUAUGAAAGACUAUUUUAACAGUAGUGAAUGUGAUCGUAACGUGCCAAUAUAUAUAUUAGAGAUAGGUGCAGGACAUGGUAAGUUUACUUAUUUAAUAUUAAGAGCAUUGUCAAAAUAUAAGAAAUUUUUUAAAAGUAUGAAUAUACCUGAACGAGCAUUUGUUUAUGUAUUUACAGAUAUUGCAAAGGAUAAUAUAAAUUACUGUAUGAAUAAUGAAAGGUUAAAAAAAUAUAUAAAUACAGGGGAUAGUUAUGAUCAAACAUAUGUUAGUAAAAACAAUUCAUAUUAUGAUUCUGAAUAUGAAAAGAAUGAAUUGAUAAAAAAUUAUGACUCUUCUACAAAUAGUUCCAAUUAUUCUUCUUCAUAUAACGAAACGAAUUAUUCAGAUGAAAAGGUAAAAAAUUAUUCUAAUUUUUCUAUGCUAGAUUUUGCAUUUUUUGAUGGAAAUGAAACAAGUGAUAAGAUAUAUUUAGAAGUAGCAAAAAAGUAUGUACCAUCAAACACACCUAUAGUGCUCAUAUGUAAUUAUGUACUCGACUCUUUACUAACUGAUGCAUGGAUUGUGAAUGGAACAAAUAGUUUUAAAAGAGCCCUGUUAUCUGUAUAUUCACCCAAAGAAGAAGAAGACAAAACUAAUGCGGACAUCAUGCUUAGAAUGUCCGUUACUUGGGAUUGGAUAGAUAUCAAUAUUGAUAAUGAAAUUAAAAAGGAAAAAACAAAUAAACCAUCUGAUUAUCUGCGCAAGUAUGAAGAUAUAUACACUGUUUUGAAAUUAUACUCUUAUUUUAACCAAGACUUAUCUUUUGUAUUACCAGUUGGAGCAUUUAUUUUAUUUAAAAGGAUUCUAAAGCUUAGUAAUAAUAAACUACUUUGCUUAAUAGGGGACAAGGGUUAUCAGUCAUAUGAAGAAUUUCGAGGAUAUAGAGAUCCACAUAUAGUAGUUCAUGGUAGUCUUUCUUUUAUGGUAAAUUUAAAUGCAAUAUGCCUUUUUUUUCUGUCACUGGGUGGGUACUAUAUAUAUACCCCAUACUCUGAUACGUUUCAAAUAGUAACUCUUCUGAUGCACCCUAAGGGGAAUGUACAUGUACAGAAGAGUAAUAUCGAAACAUCCACUGGGGCUGUUAUGACGAAUAGUUGUGGUGGUAGAGGUAGUGGUACUGCUGCGAAGGGUGCCAAUGCUUCCAGUGGUGGUGCGAGUGACCCGAGUUGUUCUCCUUCUCAUUAUAACUCCUUAGCAGAACAACUAGAUGAUAACACAACCAAAAAAAAAAGAGAUCCAUACAUAAUUGAAUACUUUAAGAAAAACUCAAAGGAUUACCUAAAGAGCAGAUAUUAUAAAGACAAGUGUAACAACUUAACAAGUACAAUGACGAAAAGUAGUAAAUGUGUUUCUGCAAAUUAUACAAAAUAUUGUGCAAACUCAGAAAAAGUAUAUAGAAAAAUGAAAAAAAUGAAUUUAAAAAAUUUGAAUGAUAUGACUAUAAAAUUUGGAGGUACUAUAACAUCAUUUUCUGAUAAUGUAGAACAAUUUCCUCCUGACCUGUUAAUUAGUUGGCAAAAAUCUGUCAUUCAUAAUAUUAAUAAUAAUACAUCUAAUGUGAAUAUAAAGGAGUUAAUAUCACUCCUCAGGUAUUCGAAUUAUGACUCAGAUGUAUUCUUUAAUAUCAGAAAAUCUUUUACCAAUUUGGCAUCAUACCCGAAUAUUAAUGGUAGAACCGAAAAAGAUAUACUACUAGAUAUAAAAGAAUGUUAUGAUAACUAUUAUUCAUUAAAAAAUGAUGAAGAUAUUGCUGAUGCGUGCGGUCAUAUGUGUAUGAAAUUUGGAAAAUUUGAAAAGGCUAUUUUUUAUCUUAAAGAAAGUUUACGUAAUUUUAAAAAUAGUAGACAUUCAUCUACAUAUAUUAAUAUAGCAUCAUGUUACAAAGUACUGGGUAACUAUAGAAAAUCUCUUAAGUUUAUCAGGUCAGCUAUUAAAUUAUCAAAAAAGGAAAAGAAAAGGAAAAGUUAUCCUUCUAAUAAUAUUUCUCAUUCUUAUGAUUUACUAUAUAGCAUUCAACUAUGUUCAAAUCCAAUUACGUAUGCUAUCAUAGGACUGGGUUACUAUAUUCAAAAUGAUGGUCUCUACUUUCUAUCAUUUGAAAACAGGAUCAAGUUAAAAUAUAUUAUCCUUCUGUCGAAAGAAGAAGAAAGAGUCUUAAAGUUUAUGAACACAAAGUUUAAGCAUUCAGAUUAUGACAGAACUAGCAAACAUGUGGACCUUUCCCAAAUAAAGGUUAUUAAAAUGUACGAAGGAAAUAGAGUGUAUUCGUUGGAGCAUUUUGGCUUCUUGGAUUAUCCCACGAACAACCAUAUGGACUCCCCUUCAGAAGACAAAGUGGAGCCAGGAUUAGAGACAACAUCGUCAUUAACGGAAGGAGUAGGGGAAGUAGUAGUGGAAAAAUUAGGAGGAAAUGUAAACAAAAUACCGAACUGCUACCCACGCGCAGAGGAGCUUAAAACUAAUUUGGUGGAAAUACUGGAAAAGCAUACCUUCGAAUUUUGCGUAAUUGAUGCCCCAUGGGUUAUCAAAGCAGAUAUCGCUGAGUUGAUGUUAGAUAAGUCUAGACAUAUAUUUACAUAUGGUACUUUAGCUGAUACAUCUAAACGUUCUUUAGAAGUUAUUUCGAAGUAUAAUGAAGUUGCUAAGCAAAUUAGUUGGGUAAAUAAUAACUAUAUUAAUGAUGAAUGCUUAUAUGAAGCUAGGGAGGCUUUAAACUAUAUUAAAGAUAUCACUUCAAUAACAGUAACACAUUAUAGUAUGAACGUAUAUAAUAAUCAAAAUGAAUGCAUUGCUUGUAGAGACAUUCUAACGGAUGAUUUGUGUUGCAUCUUAAAUAUACUGCAAGUUGUUCUUAGCUUCAACUUAACUGGCAUAACGGCCAAUUUCUCCAAAGGUGAAAAUUUGCCAAGUGGGAAUGCAAACAAAGGUGAGAAAGUGCAUAUAGGUGUGGAGGCAAACGCAGAUGCAGAAGCAGAAGCAGAUGUUGGUGCAAAAGGUAAUAACCCCAUAGAGCAAUACGUCUGUCUCUCUGGAAUUAUCAUGUUUACGCAAAAUAAAUCGGUAUCAGAAGAAAGGAACAUAUAUGGAAACUACUUACUAAUGAACAACAAAAAUGAAGAAUUUGUCACAAGUAUUAGUAUCGUUGGGAUGCUUGGUUGCUUAUGUUUAAAAAAAACAUUAUCGAAUUGGUCUAUCCAUGUAUUUAAUAUUAAUAAUGAAAAAAUAUUUGACAAGUCUGGAAGAAUAGCAGCUAGCCAAAAUGCCAAUGAUGUGUUUAUUAAUCAAUAUUUAAUAAAAACGAAUGGAAGAAAUAACAACAUUAAACAUAUCAAUGAGUAUGAUUUAAAAGGCUCUUGUAAGGGCUCCAGUGAAUCCAUUGACUCUGAUAUUGAUAUCUUAGAAUUUUCUUCUUCCGAUGAUGAUCAUGAUGAUAACGAAAAUUAUUUAGAACAGGACGUGGAAAAGGAAAAAACUAAAAAAGAAUAUGACAAAAUGAGAUCGAAAGAGGUAAAUAUAUCACAUCAUAAGGAAAAUGAUUGUGACAACCUGUUCAUGGAUAGAAAUUUAGAAAUACUUAAAAACAUCCCUGGUAAGAGAUUUUAUUCAAUCGGUAAAGACGUUUAUGAAAACAUAAAUCUUGAUGAAAAUUUUGUUGACAUUACUGUUAAUAAUAUUUGCUUUUACUCAAGAAUUGUGGAAGGAAUAAACAUGUCUUACAAAAAAGGAGGAAUGAUGAUUAACUUUAAGUACAAUGUGGUCUAA